AAUCAAAUUCAUUCCACUGUUCGUGAAGCAAAGAGAGGAGCCGAGAAUCUGUGCUUCUCAUGUCCCGGCGAUGAGCCCCCGCGUGGUCCUCCUCUUCCUCGCCGCCGCCCUCCGCCCCUGCGCCGCCCUCGUCCGCCUUCACUCCGCCACUUUCUCCUUCACUUUCCUCGACGCCCCAGCGCGAUUUGGGCCCCGAGUGGGCGGCGAUGGGAUCUGCGGCUCGCUGCGCGCCGCUGAGCCGGCCGAGGCGUGUGAGCCCAUCAAAGACCGCGGCGGCCGCCGCGGCACUGGCCGGAAGGCUUUCGUGCUGAUCGCGAGGGGCAACUGCAGCUUUGAGGAGAAGGUGCGGGCGGCGCAGCAAGCGGGGUUCGACGCCGCCGUCGUGUACGACGAUGAGGAGAAAUCCAGCCUCUACUCCAUGGUUGGUGAAUCUGAGGGCAUACACAUACCUGCGAUAUUCGUUUCCAAGAUGGCUGGCGAAACACUAAAGAAGUUUGCCAGGGGUGAAGAUGAUGAGUGCUGUAUUAACUCAUCAAUGGAUGAGACUGCAGGGACAGUGUUGGUAAUGUCAUUCGUGUCACUUGUUGUCAUCAUAUCAGUUCUUGCUUCUUUUCUGUUUGCUCGAAACUGCCGACUUCUACGCCAUGGAGUUGAUAAUCACCCAACUUACGUCAAGAAAUAUGUGGUGGAAAAGCUUCCCUGCUCAGCAUACAUCGCUCCCUGUUCUAGUGAAGAUAAUUUUCUGGAAGCUUGUGCAAUUUGCUUAGAAGACUACAAUAAUGGUGAUAUGCUUAGACAUCUCCCAUGCAAACAUGGAUUUCACAAGAUCUGCAUUGAUUCCUGGCUCACAAAAUGGGGCACCUUCUGCCCUAUAUGCAAGCUUGAAGUAACGUCGGGCGAAUAGGCAACUUCAUUACUGCAUCCAAGUGCUGGCAGUUGUAUUGAAGUUUGUUGAUCUGUUGAUCCAUUGCUAGGUCCAAUAUUGAUUUUAACCGUUGAUCUUGAGAAUGAAGUACAGAUCACAGUUCCUCAGGUUGGACCUUGUACUUGUAGUGUGCUACUAGUCUACUGACUUUGAGGUCAAUAUUUGGAUCAUCUGUUUUAGCUCCUUGUUUGGUGUCUGGAAGACCUCAAGAAGCUCUGCUGCAUAAAUGUCAGCACUUAUGCUUCUGUUGCAGUGUAUUGCCCUGUAUUCCUAGAGAAACUAGGUGUUGGGUGCAAGCAAAGUGUAAUGUAAACCCCUUUGCAUAUCAGGUUACAUUACUUUGUUCAUUUUUUGGGUUUUUUGGAACAAGGCCAUUGCAAUUCUUUGAGUUUGGAAAAACAGCAUUACAAUUCGUCUA